AUGCCGGCUGGUAAUUUGCCAUUUAAAAGCUAUUUGACCGAUCUAAUCAUUUCGGUGGGGGCCGGGGUCAUGGUUUACUAUUUGACCAACCAAUUGAUCAAGACUUUAGACUUCUCAAAUGGGCCAACUGGGUUGAAAUCAAAAGAAACUAAAAAGAAGAUCUCCGCCACCUUGGAUGUUUUGAAAUCCCAGAAACCCGACCAAUACAAGAACCUACAACUCAACGAUUACGAGCUAUUUUUAUUGGACUCGUUGAUCAUCCCUCAAAGUAUCGAUGUAUCUUUUAAUGACGUGGGCGGGCUUGAAGAAAUCAUUGACGAUUUACGGGAAAGCAUAUUAUACCCCCUCACGCAUCCCGAAUUGUUCCCAGAAAACUCGAUAUUGGUACAAGCGCCAAAAGGAGUGUUGUUAUAUGGGCCCCCUGGGUGUGGGAAAACCAUGUUGGCCAAAGCGUUGGCCAAGGAAAGUGGAGCCAACUUCUUGUCGAUUAGAAUGUCGUUGAUUAUGGAUAAAUGGUAUGGGGAAUCUAAUAAGAUUGUCGAUGCGAUAUUUUCAUUAGCGAAAAAAUUGCAGCCGUGUAUUAUUUUCAUUGAUGAAAUCGAUUCGUUCUUAAGAAGAAGAGAAAGUAACGACCAUGAGAUCACCUCGAGCAUAAAGUCCGAGUUCAUGAUUCUUUGGGAUGGGUUAGUGAACAGUGGAAGAAUAUUGGUGUUGGGAGCCACCAACCGACCAAACGAUAUCGACGAGGCGUUCCUUAGAAGAAUGCCAAAGAAGUUUCAAAUCAAUAAACCAGGAGGAUUCCAACGGAUGAAGAUCCUUGAGAAAUUGUUGGAAGGGUCCAAUCUUGAUGACAACUUUGAUUUGGCGAAACUUGUUGACGUGACUGAAGAUUUCAGCGGGAGUGAUUUGAAAGAAUUGUGUCGUGAUGCCACGAUGAAUGUUGCCAGGGAAUAUAUUAAGAAUAAUUUCAAAGAUGGUAAACCGGUGAACAAUGAUGUCAAGAUAACGUUGAGACCGUUGAAGACCUCUGAUUUCUACAUUAACGAAUUCAAAAAUAAGACUUCCCAAAUGAAUGUCUACGGAGAUGGGCGUAGUACUGGAAGUAUUUUGGAUACGGUGCAGUGA